UUUCGAAUCACACGGUCGUCGAGAACUUCCACAGCCGGAAAGUGUGGAAAAUCUUGGUGCGUGCGUGAGUUGGUUCCUCUCGAAGGAAAAAAGCGAAAUUCUCCGUCCAAACAGCUACAAAAAAGGAAAAAAAACCCCACGAUUUCCGAAGUUUCGUAGUCCCUGCGAGGCCCACAAGCCGCAAACCGAAUCAUUAAUAAAGAAAAGCCCUGCCGUCGACAAUAUUGUUUCGCGGUCCCUGCAUGUUGACACGGCUUAAAUGGGGCAUUAAGUGUUCCGUGGUCGGUGUUCGUUGUUCGGCGUCCGUUGUUCGAUGCCUGGUGCUCAGUGCUCAUACAUGCAAUUCCCGCUAAUCACAAGUGCAAAAGUCCCACACGAUUAUACAGCCCUGUGUGACCGACUGGGCGGCAGAAAAAAUUAAAUGGAUUAAGCUCCGGAUCCACAUCAGUCGAAAGUCCCGAGUCGACAGGCGUAAAGCUGAUUGCCCGGCGAUAUAAGAAACGAACUUUAACGAGGGAGAAAUCGGAGGAGGUUGGAUAAAUGGAGAAAGAAGCACCGAGUGACCAGCAGCAGAGAAGUGGACAAACUGACAGGCGAUAGCCGCAAAGCAACACAGGCAGAGAGGAAGGCAGCACCAGUUGACAGGAGCUCAGCCAAUAAAAGCCAACCAAACUCGGUCCGGGCCAAAUUCGGGCACUCGGAUGCAAAGAGGCGGCGGAGGAGGCCAACAGCAACCGCAGCAAAACAAAACUGGAAAAGUUGCUCCGAAAGGACUGCAAAGGGGGCAGAAGGGGAGCAGCCAGCGGAAGCCGAGGCUGAAAAGUUCCCAAAUUCGGUAGACAGACCUCUUUUUGGGUAUCCAUCCCAGUUGCCUCUUUCAACCGGAACAGUUAGCAGCAGUUGGAAUUUGAUUUUAACGCCGGGAUCUGUUCUGAGUCCUCUGUUUGUGGCACCAGCCACUGGAGGACUGACAACCGUCACCCAAUCAGGGGCAACUGGCAGACGAAUUAAAAUCCGCACCAGGAAACUUCCCCCCGGGAAACUCCACCGGCCCUCUUCCUCCAGAGCUACGCAUCAAUGGAGACACACUAAGAUUGGCUGUCAAAGGGAGGCUCCGGAACAGGGAAGGGGAGCUGUGGAAAUGCUCGCCACUUGCGGCGACACAUGCUCCGACAAUUUAUUGACUCCUCGCACCCACUAAACAGAACCCACUCCGCCAUGGGACUCCUCCCGAUCCUGCUCCUGUGCCUGGCGCUCUCCACCUCGGUCAGCGGCUAUCUGAACAUUUUCAUCAGCCACCACGAGGUGAUGAAACUGAUGGGACUCGAGGCGGACCUGUUCUAUGUGCACGAGGGAGCCAUCAACACAUAUGCGAUGCACUUCACCGUGCCGGUGCCCGCGGAUGUCCACGAGCUGGAGUUCUCCUGGCAGAGCCUCAUCGCCUACCCGCUGCCGUAUGCCAUUAGUAUCGAGUACAACACCGACCAGGAGGCACUGGGCACGCCCACGCUGAGUAUUCCGCACAAGGGCCUGGUGCCGCAGGAGAUCGAGUCCUUCCUGGUCUACCUGCCCUGCACCGGAAAUGCGAGCCUGCAGCUGCCCGUCAAUGUCAACAUGGUGGUGCGAGCUCCACCCCGCUUCAACGACACCCGGCUCCACUUCAAGCGCAAUAAGAUCUGCGCCAAAGGCAUCUCACCUGAGCCCAAUCAAUCGCCAGCCCCCGCCCACGCCCCCUCGCAAGGACCCGCCCUGCUGAGUGCCGCCGCCUGUGCCCUGGGUUUGGUGUUGGCCGUGGGCCUGGUGGCCAGCAUGAUGUAUGUGAGGGCGCGCAAACAGCUUCGCCAGGACUCGCUACACACCAGUUUCACCACCGCAGCUUAUGGCAGCCACCAGAACGUGUUCAUCCGCCUGGAUCCCCUGGGAAGGCCCCCCAGUGCCACGGGAUCCUAUGCCACCAUAGCCAGCCUCAACAAGUACCCUGCGGACAGCAAAAAGUCGUGCAGCAUAUUCGACCGUUUCAGGAGCUCACCCACCCCCACGCCCUACGCCACUGCCCUGCUGCCCAUGAACCUCGAACAGACCGCAGAGACGAUUUACUCGAAGCCCGAGUCGAUCUGUCCCUCGAGGAUUUCCUACUACGCCUCCUCGCAACUGACCCAGGCUUGCAGUUUGUCCACGCCGAAGAGCAUUCGAAGCAAUGGCAAUGGCCACUGCACCAGCGGAAGUGGCAGCCUGAGUCUCUUCGGGGGAAUGCCCACCGGCAGCACCAUCACGAUGGCCAGUCACGGGGACAAGGGCAACCAGCGGCUGCGACGCAUUCCCAGUGUGCAGCCCGGUGCCCUCAGCUACGAGGAGCUGGUCAAGGAGGGUACUUACGGCAGGAUCUACGCCGGCAAGCUGGGCGAGUCCUGCGAGGCGCUGGUGAAGACCGUCAUCGACGGGGCCUCGCUCACCCAGGUGGCCUGUCUGCUGCAGGACGCCUCGCUCCUGAUCGGCGUCAGCCACCAGCACAUCCUGGCCCCGCUGCUGGCCAACACGGAGCUGCCGGGGCCGCCGGAGAUCGCCUAUCCCUAUCCGUCCAAGGGCAAUCUUAAAAUGUACUUGCAAAAGUCGCGGGAAUCGAGCACGGCACUAAGUACCCGACAGCUGGUGGAGUUUGGACUGCACAUCACGAAGGGAUUGGCCUAUCUGCACUCCCUGGGAAUCGUCCACAAGGACAUUGCCACACGCAAUUGCUACCUUGACGAGGAGUCCUAUGUAAAGAUCUGCGAUAGCGCCCUGUCCCGCGAUCUCUUCCCAGACGACUACGACUGUCUGGGUGACAACGAGAACCGCCCCCUGAAGUGGCUAUCCCUGGAAUCGCUCCAGAAACGGGUGUACGCCACCCAGGGCGAUGUUUGGGCGCUGGGCGUGACCUACUGGGAGCUGGUCACGCUGGCCCAGAUGCCGCACGAGGAGGUGGACAUUUUCGAGCUUACCAAUUACUUGGCUGCCGGCUUCCGGCUGGAGCAGCCGGUCAACUGCCCAGAUGAAUUCUUCACCGUUAUGAACUGCUGCUGGCACAGCGAGGCCAAACAGCGACCUACGCCCUCACAGCUGCUCUCGUAUCUGCAGGACUUCCAUGCGGAUCUGGGCAUGUACAUCUAAGCGAGACGAAGGACUGACUUACGGAGCAGCGGUAUCCAAGUGGAGUCGAGCGGAGCGAAGCCCAACAUAUAAAUUAAUUGAAACUUUUGCAUUUUAAAUGUGAGAUUAAAUGUGAAUUUACCUGUUAGAGUUUGGCGAAAAACCAAUUAGAAUGAAAGCCAGCUAACUUCAGAUACGUAAGAAACACGCCCAUACACAAACAUAAGUACACUGGGGUGGACCUCUAUUUGUUGAAAACAACCUUAAAUAACAAAAGAAAAAGUAUUCGAUAAUAGAGACUGUUUUUCGCAGUCUCCCAGGGCAGAAAAUAAAGGACAUACAUAUAAGAAAUGGGUGUAAGGCAAGGUCACACUGCAGCCCAAAUGUAAGCAUCGAAUAUUCUAAGGUCACACCACGUAUGUGUGAUACAGUUGAACACCAUCCCAUUGCUCUUUAAACUUAACCCUGGCAACGCUGCGUAUGAGUGAUACUCAAGACCAACUCACUGCCCUCAAAAGCCGAAGGACAUCAAAAGUCACAUAGCAACUGAGGUUCACCCAGCAAUAGAGCAGCUAUCAAUUUUCAACACGCUGACACAAAAUUGGCCCCAGGCGGCACGUGGGUUAAACGUUAGAUAAAACUGACAUUUAAGUAGUUAGCAAUUGAAUAAUAAACACUCACAAGCACACAAACAGACACCAAACC